GUCGGUCCACAUCACUAUUUACUUUACAUCACCACCUUACACAUUUUACCAAAUCCUCAACCAAUUUAAACAGAGUCCAAUAGAACGAUCUUUCGUUUUCUUUAUUUGGUGUUUUUCAAAAUUAACGGAGAAGAAGACAGACACAGGAUUCAUUCAUGGCUUGUCUUAGGAACAAACUCUGUCUUGUUGCAGGUUUACUUCUCAUCUACCAGAAGACAGUCACUUGCGAUUUCUUAUCUCCUCUUCUCGCUCCUAUGUUUGAUAAUGUAUGCAAUGAAGUGGAAUGUGGAAAAGGGAAAUGCAAAGCAUCUUCGAACACAACUUUUAUGUAUGAAUGUGAGUGUGAAGAUGGUUGGAAGCAGUUUGAUCAUAACCUCAAGUUUCUACCUUGCAUCGCCCCCAACUGUAGCUUUGAUCUAACAUGCGGUGAAGCAGCUUCUCCAGCACAGCCCAAAACGCCUCCCAAAGACAACAAUACUUCAUUUUUCGACGCUUGCCAUUGGGUGGAUUGUGGAGGAGGGUCGUGCAACAAGACAACUGCGUUUGCAUACAGCUGUGAUUGCCGUGAUGGUUACCAAAAUCUCAUGAACAUCACAACAUUUCCUUGCUUUAAGAACUGUGCACUUGGAAUGGACUGUUUGAAUCUUGAUAUUCCUUUGUCAAACUCAUCAUCAUCGUCUUCUCCACCUGCUCUGCCUGAUAGCAGCAAGAAUCAAGCAGCUGGAUUGAAUCUAAGAGGAUCAUCCUUGUGGUGGAUAACUUUUCUGCUCUGUGUCUCUCUAGCACCAUGGAGGCUUCUCUACGUUUGAUCUCUAUUACUUUAGGUUUCAAAUUUGGUGUACAAAUCCUUUAUUAUAGAUGUUGCUCAUGGGUAUCUCCUAUAUAAUAAAACGGAAGUACAUAACCUUUUUUUA